UAUUUAUUUUUUCAUUUUAUUUUCAUGCUAAAUAAAAUUAUUGUUCGAUUUUUUUUUUUAAAUAUCUGUUUACAUUUUUCAGUCCGAUUUUAACAUUCCAAUGCGAAAAACAAAGCAGAAGAUUGUACUUGCAUCCGAUUCUGAAGAUGAUUCUGAUGAUGAUAAUAUGAUGAAAACAUCAGCUAAUGGUAAUACCGUUUGUUCAAGGUUUAUUUCUUCAGAUUCUCUCAAUUCGUACCGUAAAUUUUUAAAUAAUGAUCAUUUUCAGAAGAAAAUUUUGGAAAAUGAUCCACCAAAGAAAAUUGAUCAAGUCAAAGAAAAAUCUUUAGCAAAUGAUAACGAUAAAAUUGCUGAUGAUCAAUCAGCAAAAAUAAUCGUUAAUGAUAUUAGAAAUCAUACUAACGAUGGUAAUAUUCCAAGUAUUAAUGAUGAUAAUCAACUUGAUCAAAAAACAAGAAAAAGACAUCAUUCACCCGAUUCGUUGAAUUUACCACAAAUAAAACCUCCAACAACAAAGGAUAAUGACAACAUAACCGACCAGCACUCAUCACCAGAAAUUGUAGAAUUAUCUGAUACUAGUAACUCACCAAUACCUAUUGUAAAUUCUUCGAUAAUUCAAGAUGAUGAAGAAAUCAACAAUGCUAUAAAUGAAUGGAUACGAAUUCGUGUUCAACGAUUAGAUAGAAUCGAAUACUUUAGGAUGCUUCGUACACAAUCAUUUUCAACUAUAUUCGAUCAAAUAGCCGAACGUUUUGAUGUUUCCAUUUCUCGAUUAAUUUUAUAUCUGAACGAUAAAAUUGUUGAUGCAAAAUCAACACCCAACUCUAUAAAUCUAUCUUUUGCUGAUAUAUUUGAAAUGAUUGUCCGUUCAGAAGAUCAAACAGAUGAAACUGGAACAGCCAUACAAUCGAACAAUGAUGAUCCGAAUAUGAUUGAAUUACAUCUUCGUGAUUCAAGUAAAAAACGUCUUACAUGUCAUGUUAAUCGAUUCGAAAAUGUUCGAUAUUUAGCUGAAAUUUUUGCUAAAGAUCGUUGUAUUCCAAUUGAAAAAAUUCUACUAAAAUUUGAUUCUGAAACAAUGGAUUUAAUGCAAAAAAUCGAUGCAUGUGACCUGGAAAAUGAUGAUCAAAUCGAUGUUAUUAUUAAACAAUAAUAAAUUACUUAUGAAUAUAUUUUUUUAUAAAUUCAGAUUUUA